AUGAAUUGUUUCUUUACAUUAUUGCCAGUUGUUGAAUUAAAAUGUGCAGUGCAAUGUUAUGCCUGGGGUAAGAUUGGUUUAAACAGCACAGUUGCACAGCUUGCUCUGACUAGUCCCUCAUUUCAUCUUGAAGAGGAUAAACCAUAUUCUGAGGUAUCCUGUGGUAAAUUUCUGUAUUGAUAUCUGUUAAUCAAUUGAGAUAUACAUCAGAUGACCUUUAAAAACCUCAAAAAAGUUUAGAGUGUAUUAUUGUUGAAAUUAAUUUUUACCUGCUUACAUAAAUUAGAGGGAAAUGUCUUUUAACUUUGUAUGAGCCAAAUUAGCUCAAUACAUGUAUGUUACUUUGGUUUUUUCAAACAUAUUUGAUUUUUUCUUUCCUUGUUACACACUCAAAUAACAAAGACAUUUUUUCAAUAUUGCACAGAGGAAAAUCUAAUAGAAUGUUAUGGACUGUAAUGAAAUUACUAGUGCUAAACACAAAUGAAACAACAAGUUUCUUUACCUUCUUUAAUUUUUUUUCUAAUUCUGAAUAAUUUUCUUUUAUAGUUUUGGAUGGGAACACAUCCAAAUGGGCCAUCAAAAGUGUUAAAGGAAGGAAAGGAAUCACUGUUAUCUGAUUGGAUAGAGUCAAACAAAGAUGUCUUAGGAAACAAAGUUAAAGAAAUAUUUGGUGGCAAAUUACCCUUCUUGUUCAAAGUACUAUCAGUUAACAAGGCUUUAUCAAUUCAAGCUCACCCAAACAAACCUCAUGCAGAAUUGCUUCAUGACAAAAGGCCAGAUGUAUAUAAGGAUCCUAAUCACAAACCAGAGAUGGCCAUCGGUAAGGAGCUCUAUAAGUAUUUUUCAAUAAGUGGUUUGAACCUAGGAGGUUGGAAUAGUUUGUUAAUAUGUGCUCUGAUCAUCUGCACAAAAUCAGUCUUGAAAAGAACGGUACGUUUCUACAGCAGUGAUCAACAUUUUGACAAUCUACAGGAAGCCAUCAUCAGAGUCGGGUGACUUCAAGUCACUGUCAUUGACAACAGUUUUUUUAAGGACUACUCACCCCUAGGAUCAGACUACUUGAUCAUUAAUUACUGUUAAUGGUUAUCGUAGACUGAUGUAGAGUUUGGCACUAAAAGAAGACAGACUCUAGAGUGACUAGUCCAUAUUUUAUCAUGUAUACCAAAUGAGUGUAUUUUUAAUUUAACAAUAUCCUUAAAUUAUAAGUCAUCUUAUUAUCAUCUAACCCAGUAUUCACUCAAAUUUGUUACUAACAGCGCUGACACCAUUUGAAGGCCUGUGUGGUUUUCGUCCUCUGGAUGAGAUCCAGAAGUUUGUAAAGACCAUACCUGAACUUUCUGCUGUCAUUGGACAGGAAGCUACCACUGCUUUAGUCACUGGCUCAGGUUUGUGUGACUUGCAGCAUGAUGUAUGUUCCUUACAGCUAUGAGUAUAUAAACAUGGUUCUUAAAGGUCACAAAAAACCAGAAAGGUUGUGGAAAUUGAUUGUGGGUCAUAUAGCAACUAAUUUAUUCUGGAAACUCAAACAAGAAAAUGACUACUAUAGUAUGAUUUCCUCAUCUUUUUUUCUGCAGACCCUCAUGCACUGAAGAAAGCUUUCACCGCCCUCAUGACAAGUAGCCAAGAUGCUGUAAGUGAGCAGCUAGGUAAACUAUUGUUAAGACUUCAGGAGAAGAAAACCUCAGGCCAUGACAUCUCCAACCAGAGCAGCGAGCUACUAUUCAGAUUGAACAGCCAGUUUCCUGGAGAUGUUGGUUGUUUUUGCAUUUAUUUCCUUAAUCACAUUGUUCUUCAACCUGGGCAAGCAAUGUUCCUUGGUCCCAACCUGCCUCAUGCAUAUCUAGCUGGUGGUAACUAAUCUGACUUUUUUUUCUUUUAAUAAAGACAUUUUUUAAAGAAGUAGUUUUGUUUUGACUCUCUUUAUUACCAAGCUUAAAUUUUGCCGUCUUCCUCUGUCACAAUGUCUGGUUAUGAUUAGGACCUCAACAGAUCAUAUACAUGUACAUGUAGUCUUGUCUUCUGAUAAAUAAUUUAUUUAUUAUUAUUGGUCAAGAUUCUUAAAUUAUGUUUGUUUGUUUGUUUACUUAUUUGUUUGACACUGCUCCUGAAUGGAAACAAUUUUUUUAUUUUGUUCUUUUGUUUGGAAUUUAUUUUGUCUUCGAUCAAUUUGCUUGCAUUUAUUUCUUGAAUCACUUACUUCCUCACUGAAUGGUGGCUUGUUCAUUAAUUCAACUCUUUCACCCCUUCUUCCCUGUCUGUGCCUCUCUAUUUCCAAAACAACUUGCAAUCCAAAAUUUAUCAUUUUAUAACCUCACAUGUACAUCAGUAAUCAUCACAACAAUACAUUUUUAUGUUAAUUUUUUUUCUUAAUUGAUAAUCAAUGUGUUUUACUUUUCAGACUGUAUGGAGUGUAUGGCAUGCAGUGAUAAUGUUGUACGAGCUGGACUGACACCAAAGUUUAAGGAUGUUGAGACACUCUGUGAGAUGUUGGAGUACAAUUGUGGUUCUAAGGAAGAGAACAUUUUCCCAUGUCAUCAAGAUCCAAGUGAUUCGCAUGUCACAAUCUAUGAUCCUCCUGUCUCAGACUUUACUGUUUCAAGAAUUAAGGUACAUUUACCACUGUCAAUAGCAUAAUUUUGUAAACGAGUAAAAAAAAUGUCAUCAGAACUUCCACAUUAUCACUGGCCAGUUUUAGUUAACCUUAAGUAGCAAUUGACCACAUGGUUUCUUUUUUCAACCAUUUGUCCACAGAAUUUGUGAAGUACCAGUAAUUUAUUCCUUUGCUAAACUCUUAUUGUGUAACGGUGUUAUUUUUAGAUACCAGCAAGUUGUCCUUCAUACAAGUUCAAAGCACUAAGUGGACCUAGUAUUUGUGUGGUGAUAUCUGGUUCUGGUGCUGUAGAAGAUACUGCUUCAAAGAUUUGCUUGAAUCGAGGGACUGUACUUUUUAUUCCUGCAAACACCACCCUUGAUGUAACAUGUAAAGAAGAAGACAUGGAAAUAUACCGUGCUUAUUGCGUGUUGUAA